AUGAAAACUAACACAAGAUCCAGAGAGACGGAGUGGACUCUUGCAUCUUUUGGAUUAAGAAAUAUCUCAGGUCAAUUGCAAUACUCAGUACCUGAAGAACUGAAAAAGGGAUCUGUGGUUGGGAAUGUGGCAGAAGAUCUUGGAUUAAAUGUUAAGGAAUUAGCAUUAAGAAAAUUCCAAAUUCUUCCUUAUGCUACGAAGCAAUAUUUCAGUAUUAAUUUGGAAAAAGGAGAUUUACUGGUAUCAGAGAGAAUUGAUAGAGAAACAUUAUGUGUUGUGAAAUUCAGUUGCUUUAUUAACCUAGAAGCUGUUAUUGAAAAUCCUUUGAUGUUUUACACAGUCACAAUAGAAAUCCAGGAUGUAAAUGAUAACCCACCUAUAUUUUCUAAGAAACACUUUGAUGUAGAAAUUAGUGAAGUCACUUUACCUGGUGCACAUUUUGCAUUAGGGAAUGCAAAAGACCCUGAUUUAGAAGCAAACUCCAUACAAAGGUAUACAUUAAGUGGCAAUGAGCAGUUUACUCUUGGAGAAAAAAACACUAGAGAUGGACUUAAGUACCCAGAAAUUAUUCUAGAAAAAGCCCUUGACAGAGAAAAGCAGAGUUUUUAUGAACUAAUUUUAACUGCUUUUGAUGGAGGAAAACCUCCAAAAACUGGCACUGCUAUUGUUAACAUUAUUGUACAGGAUUUUAAUGAUAACUUUCCCAUAUUUACUCAGGACACUUAUGAUAUAAAGUUGUCUGAGGAUGUGCCCAUAGGUUUUCUGGUAGUGUGCUUAAAUGCGACUGAUGAGGAUGAAGGCUCUAAUGCCUUAAUUAGUUAUUCAUUCAGCCAUAUACCUGAACAAGCACAGGAAGUAUUUGCUCUAGAUUCCUUAACUGGUGAAAUCAAGAUUAUUGGGACUUUGGACUAUGAAGCAUCAGACGCUUAUGAAAUGACUGUGGAGGCUAAAGAUGGAGGUAGUCAUGUCACACAUUGCAAUGUCGCUAUAAAAGUAGCUGAUAUAAAUGAUAAUGCCCCAGAAAUAAUAAUCACUACUCUUACAACUACUAUACCAGAGGAUUCCCCACCAGGAACUGUUAUAGCAAUAAUAAAUAUUCAUGACAGAGAUUCUGGAUUAAAUGGGGAAGUUCAUUGUGAAAUCUCAGAUACACUAGAUUUCCAAUUAAUACCAUCAUCCAGCAAUUACUAUACAUUAGUAUCUUCAGCUAGAAUGGACAGAGAGAGGACAUUUAUUUACAACACUACAAUAAAGUGUGUGGACAGUGGAUCACCCCCUCUAUCUAGUAAUAAAGUCAUUGAGCUGACUGUUUCUGAUAUAAAUGACAACUUUCCUGUGUUUGAUAGAACAAGCUACAUUAACUACAUAGUAGAACAUAAUCAACCCGGGAUUUCAAUUCAGAAUGUUCAUGCUUCAGAUCUUGACUUUAAUGAAAAUGGAAAAGUUACCUAUAGCAUCCUAAAUAGCAACAUAGAGAAUAUUCCAAUAUCAUCAUAUGUUUCUAUAAAUUCAAUGACUGGAGUUAUUUAUGCCCAGAGGUCAUUUGACUAUGAACAGUUGCGGGAAUUUCAGUUCCAGGUGAUGGCUAAAGACAGUGGAUCUCCUCCUCUAAGCAGUAAUGUCACAGUGAGGAUAUGUAUCAUUGAUAAGAAUGAUAAUGCUCCUAAGAUUCUCUACCCAUCGCCAGACACCGAGGGAUCAGCAUUAUUUGAGUUUAUUCCUCACUCUGCUGAGAAAGGUUAUCUGGUCACCAAAGUGAUUGCAGUGGAUGCUGACUCUGGACACAAUGCCUGGCUCUCCUAUCACUUACUACAAGUUCAAGAACCAUCUACAUUAAAUAUUGGACAAUAUACUGGGGAAAUCAGGAUUGGACGAGAUCUUCAGGAUACAGAUAAUUUAAGGCAAAAACUUGUGGUUCUGGUUAAGGACAAUGGAGUCCCUUCUCUGUCAUCUACAGUCACUUUGAUUUUGGUUGUUGCAGAGAAUUUUCAGCAAGUUGUGCCACAGAUAAAAAGACAACUAAUAAAUUCAGACAUGCCCUCCAAUGUAACUUUUUAUCUAAUCAUAUCCAUAGCUCUGAUUUCUUGUCUAUUCAUUAUUACUGUUAUCAUUACAAUCAUGGUUAAAUGCAGAAAAGCCAACACCCAAACUACUUUUGGAGCAUAUAAUAGAAAUGUGUACCCUCAGUUCACCCUGGGAUGUCCUUCUGAGAUCAGUGAUGCAAGUUUACCUUUCCCAUUCUCAUAUGAUGUGUGUGUGACUCUGGACUCAAAGCAGAAUGAAAUUGCUUAUCUGAAACCCAUGCAGAAUGUCCCCACAGACAAUCUCAUAGACACUGAGGGUUCAGCAGCUCGGAAUGAUUCUGUAAAAAAUGAUUUGCCCCCCAACAAUAUUAACCAGGUAAUUUAA